UAUAAUUAAUAGUCUCAGCCUCAUCAUCACUUUUAUGUACAAAGGACCAUAUCAAGGAUGUUUAAUACUCACCCAUGCAGGGACUGAGCCACGGAGUCCACAGGAUGGUAAAAAGCGUCAUGGUAGCCUAUGCCCUGUGGGCAGUAGGUGGACCUGUGGGCCUUCACCAUUUAUAUUUAGGGAGAGACAGCCAUGCCCUGUUAUGGAUGCUAACCCUGGGAGGAUUUGGGUUCGGCUGGGUCAGAGAGUUCAUACGUAUUCCUGCAUAUGUUAGUGAGGCCAAUCAAGAUGCAGACAAAGAAAGAAAAAGACCCCCCAUGGUCCCUCCAUCUAUAGGCCCUGUCAGAUUCGCUGGACAGGUGUGUGUUGGGAUCUACUUUGGCACUGUGGCUCUGAUAGGACUGAACUCCCUCCGUUUCUUCUACUUGAUCGUUCUGCCGUUAUGUGUGGGCGCAGGGGUGCAUCUGGUGUCCAGUGUCGGCCAGCAGACCUCCGAUCUCCAAAAAACUUUGACUGCUUGUCUCAUAACUUCCCCAAUAUUCUAUGGCAGCACUUUAUCACCUCUUCCCAUCAGCCUGGCCGCCAGUGUCACGGCUGCACAGCACCGCAGGUUCAAACGGACACCUGCGAGCACACAGGAACUAGGCCCACGGCUUUACAGACUGGGUCUUGCUUGGCUGGCCUUCUCUGCUCCACUGGGUUACUGUAUUUUUCAUAACACUACAGCCACACUGUACUACCUGUCUGACUGUGUGGCAGCACUGCUGGAUAUUUUCUGGUUUCUGCCUUGGCUCAGAAAUGUGUUUGAGUACAUUCUUUUGAUGCCAUAUCGAAUCUUGUGUGCCCUGACUGGAGGGGGGUACUAUGAGGAGGCUUGGAGGAAAAUGCUGGAAAUACUGCUCAAAGAGUACACUGUGAGGGAAAGAGAGGCACUGCAGAUAUUAUCCUUGGAAGCGGAGGCCUCUCUUGAAGAGAUAACUCGGAGCUACAGGGAGCUGGCCAAGACAUGGCAUCCAGACCACAACCCGGGCAAGGAUGCUGAGGCAAUGUUUGUCAAGAUCAACGAGGCUUAUGAGGUCCUUCUCCAGCGACACAGGCCCCAUCGAUUCAAAUAGUUGCCCUUCAUUUCCUUCAUGACUGGCAUGCAUAGUUGCACAGGGAUGUGACACUCUUGAUUGCAUUGUUUUUCUGUCAUUAUUUUAUACUGUUCACUGGAAGGUGAAUAGGAAGGAUGCACAGAGACUGGCAUUGUGUUGGCAUCAUCACCUGUUACUUCCACUUGA